AAAAUGCAUCCCGAUUAUGUGCUCGAGUCCCUCAUUGUCGGGGUUCAUGAGAAUCUCCACCUAAGUGCAGAUGAAGCUGAAGUUCAUUUUACCGAUCUGCAGCAAAACAGUAGUCACAGAACUUCCCUCGUGUAACUCGUCACAAAGAAAUACACUACUUGAAGAACAGAGAUCUACGGACAUCCAUUUCCCACCUGAAGGAAUUCAAUCAAGCGGAUGCGGGAGCUCCGUUAUGUUGAGCGGUGAAGUGACCGGAUUGACGCAGAGUCAGCAUGGAUUUCACAUUCAUGAAUUCGUCGAUGCCACCAAUGGAUGCACAUCUGCUGGAGUGCACUACAAUACCCAUAGCAAAGAACACGGUGGACCAGAUAGUGCUGUGAGACAUGCUGGAGAUCUUGGCAAUAUUGAGAAAAUGACCUUGACUGGAUUUCCUGUGAGAUGGGGAACUGCAGACUUCAUCCUGCUGGAUUUUGACGUGAUAUACGAGCAGGAUGUGAACCUCUGAGGCUGAGAAAUACUGGUAAAUCCAUUCUGAGAAACGCUUGGCUUC